AUGGCGGUGCGUAGCAUUUACUGUCCCAAUGCGAACACUCCCACUAUCAAUAGCAUCAGCACUCCCACCACUACAGUGACUACCACUACCACUACCACUACCACCACCACCACCACCAAAACCAAAGCCAGCACCACACCAGCACCAACCUCACCACAAAACCUGCGAUGGGCGGCGUCGUGUGCGGCGCAGAGUCACAUUGGCCGGGGUGGGAGUUGCACAGAGGGACACAGAGGUCGAUCAGAGAUUAUGGCAAACGAGCAGACCAUGUGUGGAAGAAAGCGUAGUAAAAUGAAAACCAAGAUGCGAGGAAGACAAGUCCAGCACGCCGGCAAGACACAAUCCGGCCUUCACGUGGCUCUGAGGAAGAGACACAGGGAGGAGCGAGGUGGGGUGCGGGAGGAGGCGACCCUGAUCCUGGCCAGUACUCCAAGCGAGAUCUGA